AUGUCCUCAGAUGCACACUCCUGCUACGGUGAAGGUAGUAGGGCCAUGGGCGAGGUUCUGAUAGCUUGGGUAGAGAAUAGAAGCCUCCCUGCAGGGCUACUCCCGCCGCUACAUGGUGCCGAGCUCCACUUUGAGAGCGUGAGUCGCUUCCAGCUGUACUAG